AUGGAAGAGAUCAUUCAGAAGAAGAUCAUUUCCUACUGCAGAACACGUAUUCAGGAUCUGCCACCAAUGAGCGACGAAACACAAAACACCGAGGGUAUUGACCUCGUUCUGAUCUCAGUCGAUGCGUUGGACUCAGAAGAUCCGUCCAGGGCUUGGACACCAAUGCCCUUGGUUUCUGCACACUGGACCACGUUCACUAUCAACCAGCUUAUCGAAAUGCCUCAGGACAUGUUUGACAUGACGGUGGAACAGUUCAGGAGAGACACUCAGAAUGGGGAAUCGAACGCCAGCCUUCAAGCUUACAUUGAACAGGCAAGCCAGCAAUACCAGUCGGACGAGCUCGCUGACGAGGACCCGGGCGAGGACCCGGGCGAUGGAUCAACAUCUAGGUAUGAACCAAUCAAAGCGAAGGUCCCUAGGUGUGUACAAGCCUUGCGAGAUAUUAACCAUACCUCCCGUUUCCCCUACGCAGUAUGGUAG